UCUUUGGCGUAGGUAUCUUUCCAUAUAUGUUGUGCAGCAUCCAUGGCGAAGUCUCUAACAAUGUAUGCUUCCGUAGUAUGACCAAGGUGUGAUGAGCGACGUUAACAUUGCCCCAGACUACCUUGCACUUAUGGGGUUAGAGAACAACCCGGCCUUGCUUGGCGGUGUAGUUGCCGUAUACUAUGCUGGUUGUUUGAUAGGGGCUUUGAUAGGCGGAUGGAUCGGUGACCGGAUCGGUCGUAUUAGGACAGUGGUUGUAGGCAGCGCUAUUGCUGUAAUAGGAGCUGCACUCCAAUGCUCGGCUCAGAAUGUUGCAUGGAUGAUCUGUGCUCGUAUUAUCACUGGAGUUGGAACUGGCCAUUUGAACGCAAUCGUUCCGGUUUGGAGCGCCGAAACGUCGCAUCACAAGUCAAGAGGAAUGUUUAUCGCAAUUGAAUUUACUCUUAAUAUCUUUGGUGUCGUUAUUGCCUACUGGUUAGGUUACGGCAUGAGUUAUACCGAAGGCGGUAUUCGCUGGCGUUUCCCUCUAGGCUUCCAAUUACUUCCCUUGGUUAUCUUGAUGGUUAUCAUAAACUGGUUCCCGGAGAGUCCUAGAUGGCUAUUACGCAUGGGCCGUAAGGAGGAAGCACUUGAGAUCCUAGCUGCUCUACGUGGCGACGGCGACCCCGAUCAUCCUGAAGUUCAACGAGAAUAUAAUGAUAUUAUCGAAGCUAUUGAAAUUGAGCAUGAAGGCGAAAUCGGAUAUCUUGACAUGUUUAAAAAGGACCCUCUCAACAUUGCUCGUCGUGUCCAUCUCAGUGUCUGGCUUCAAAUCAUCCAAGAGCUCACUGGAAUCGGAGUUGUCACCGUUUAUGCUCCACAGUGCUUCCAAAAAGCUGGCUUCAGUUCCCAAACCUCGCAGCUGAUUGCCGGUAUUAACAACAUCACUUACAUGCUCAGUACUAUAGUUGCCAUUUUGACCCUGGAUAGAUUUGGAAGAAGGUUCUCACUCUUCUGGGGGGCGGCAGCCCAAGGUCUUUCUUUGGUUCUGCUGGCUGUUAUGGUCCAUCCCAGUAUGUUGGCUCAGAACCAUAGUGCGUUUGGUAUAGCAGGAACUGUCUUCAUCUUUUUAUACACUGCUUUCUUUGGCAUGACAUGGUUGACUGUCCCUUGGCUCUACCCGGUCGAAAUUUACCCAUUGAAAGUUCGUGCAAAGGGCGGUGCUUGGAGUGUUGUUGGAUGGUCAAUAGGAAAUGCUUUGGUUGCCGAAAUCACUCCUCCUCUUCUUGCUGCUUGGGACAACUAUACCUUCCUCUUCUUCGGUUUGAUCAACUUUGCCGCUAUUCCUAUCGUGUGGGCAUUAUAUCCAGAGACCGCCAAUCGCACAUUGGAAGAAAUGGACAUAGUUUUUGCUACAGAGACCCCGUUCGUUUGGAAGGCCGAAAAAGAACUUCGUGAGAACAAGACUGCUCUCAUUGAGAAGGCAAAGGAUGCUAAAGAAAGAGACCAAGAAAAGCAUGGUAGAAGCGUGGGUGUUGAACCUGGAAGCACAACUGAUGUCGAGAAGCAGAAUGGCAAUGGCUUGACUGAUCACAUAGAAAAUGCAUAGAAUUGCACUCAACCAAUCUAGAGACACCAGUCUAAAGCCACCCUUCUGUAAUGCCUAUUCCACUUUUGUAUCAUUACCAUAGUCUAGAUAAAUAUAUUAUAAAUGUAAUGAUUUUACCACAAAGCACAAUUG